CGGCAGCAGCGGCGGCGGCGGCGGCGCGGGGGUUGAGCCGUGGUGGUGCGGACGCGCUCGUGCUCGGGAACUAUCGGAUUAAACUUGAAUCGAGUGAAAUUACACAAAGGAGCGCCGCGGAGGAGGCGGCCCGGGGACCCGGAGACCCUGAAACUCGCCAGAGCCCCGUUCGCCCCCGGCCAACUCUGCGCCCGUGGAUUCAGCCCCCUGGCCGCGGCUGCCGAGCCAACUCCGGAGCCCGCUCUGCGUUUUGUUUUCCCCUCGGCACAGGGCAGCGGAGCAGACGAACCGACCGACCCGUUUUUGGCCGGGGCUGGGUAUGAACCAGCCACCUCCGGCAUAUGGUACCAGCACCCUACUCCUUUGGGCCACAGGCACUGCCCCAGUUGACAAUUGGACUUAUAUCCAGACUUUGCCUGACACUGCAGGGUCCAGGAGAAUUAAAGAAAUAUGGAAUGACAUGAAGAAGAUUAGUUAAGGAUUAUAGGCUUUGAGGACAGACACCUCAGUGAAGUGAAGCACAGACAAGCUCUCGAGCUAUCCUUUGGAGGAGCCGCGUGUUGGAAGAAGAUGGCAGAUCCAGGAAUGAUGAGUCUUUUUGGCGAGGAUGGGAAUAUUUUCAGUGAAGGCCUUGAGGGUCUUGGAGAAUGUGGUUACCCUGAAAACCCAGUAAAUCCCAUGGGUCAACAAAUGCCGAUAGACCAAGGCUUUGCCUCUUUGCAGCCAUCCCUUCAUCAUCCUUCCACUAAUCAAAAUCAAACAAAGUUGACACAUUUUGAUCACUAUAAUCAGUACGAACAACAAAAGAUGCAUCUGAUGGAUCAGCCUAACAGAAUGAUGAGUAGCGCCCCUGGGAAUGGACUUGCAUCUCCACACUCGCAGUAUCACACCCCUCCCGUUGCCCAGGUGCCCCAUGGUGGCAGUGGUGGUGGUCAGAUGGGCGUCUACCCUGGAAUGCAGAGCGAAAGGCGCGGGCAAUCGUUCGUGGACAGUGGCUCCAUGUGGGGCCCCCGGGCUGUUCAGGUACCAGACCAGAUACGAGCCCCCUACCAGCAGCAGCCGCCACAGCCACAGCCACCACAGUCGGCUCCGUCGGGGCCGCCAGCACAGGGCCACCCUCAGCACAUGCAGCAGAUGGGCAGCUAUCUGGCACGUGGGGAUUUUCCCAUGCAGCAGCAUGGUCAGCCACAGCAGAGGAUGAGCCAGUUUUCCCAAGGUCAAGAGGGCCUCAAUCAGGGAAAUCCUUUUAUUGCCACCUCAGGACCCGGCCACUUGUCCCAUGUGCCCCAACAGAGUCCCAGCAUGGCACCUUCCUUGCGUCACUCGGUGCAGCAGUUCCACCACCACCCCCCUACUGCUCUCCAUGGAGAAUCCGUUGCCCACAGUCCCAGAUUCUCCCCGAAUCCUCCUCAACAAGGGGCUGUUAGGCCACAAACCCUUAAUUUUAGUUCUCGGAGCCAGACAGUCCCCUCUCCUACUAUAAACAACUCAGGGCAGUAUUCUCGAUAUCCUUACAGUAACCUAAAUCAGGGAUUAGUUAACAAUACAGGGAUGAAUCAAAAUUUAGGCCUUACAAAUAAUACUCCAAUGAAUCAGUCCGUACCAAGAUACCCCAAUGCUGUAGGAUUCCCAUCAAACAGUGGUCAAGGACUAAUGCACCAGCAGCCCAUCCACCCCAGUGGCUCACUUAACCAAAUGAACACACAAACUAUGCAUCCUUCACAGCCUCAGGGAACUUACGCCUCUCCACCUCCCAUGUCACCCAUGAAAGCAAUGAGUAAUCCAGCAGGCACUCCUCCUCCACAAGUCAGGCCUGGAAGUGCUGGGAUACCAAUGGAAGUUGGCAGUUAUCCAAAUAUGCCCCACCCUCAGCCGUCUCACCAGCCCCCUGGUGCCAUGGGAAUCGGACAGAGGAAUAUGGGCCCCAGAAACAUGCAGCAGUCUCGUCCGUUUAUGGGCAUGUCCUCGGCACCGAGGGAAUUGACCGGGCACAUGAGACCAAAUGGUUGUCCUGGCGUUGGCCUUGCAGAUCCACAAGCGAUCCAGGAACGACUGAUACCUGGCCAGCAACAUCCUGGCCAGCAGCCGGCUUUUCAGCAGUUGCCAACCUGUCCUCCGCUGCAGCCCCACCCAGGCUUGCACCAUCAGUCUUCACCCCCACACCCUCAUCACCAGCCUUGGGCACAGCUCCACCCGUCACCCCAGAACACCCCGCAGAAAGUGCCUGUGCAUCAGCAUUCUCCAUCGGAGCCCUUUCUAGAGAAACCAGUGCCGGAUAUGACUCAGGUUAGUGGGCCGAAUGCUCAGCUAGUGAAGAGCGAUGAUUACCUGCCGUCCAUAGAGCAGCAGCCACAGCAAAAGAAGAAGAAAAAGAAAAACAACCACAUUGUUGCAGAGGAUCCCAGUAAAAGUUUUGGUAAAGAUGACUUCCCUGGUGGGGUUGACCAAGAACUAAAUAGGAACUCACUGGAUGGGUCCCAAGAAGAAAAAAAGAAAAAGAAAAGGUCAAAGACAAAAAAAGAUCUGAAGGAACCGAAAGAAUCCAAGGAGAAGAAAGAGCCCAAGGAACCCAAGACCCCGAAAGCCCCUAAGAUUCCCAAAGAGCCAAAGGAAAAGAAAGCAAAAACUGCCACGCCAAAACCCAAAUCCAGCAAAAAGUCAAGUAAUAAGAAACCUGAUUCAGAAGCAAGUGCUUUGAAGAAAAAGGUCAACAAGGGAAAAACGGAAGGUUCUGAAAAUUCAGACUUAGACAAAACGCCCCCGCCAUCUCCUUCUCCUGAAGAAGACGAGGACCCAGGUGUUCAGAAGCGACGGUCCAGCAGGCAGGUGAAGAGAAAGCGCUACACCGAAGACUUGGAGUUCAAGAUUUCUGAUGAGGAGGCGGAUGACGCUGAUGCUGCUGGGAGAGACUCCCCCUCCAACACCUCACAGUCAGAGCAGCAGGAAUCUGUUGAUGCAGAAGGUCCAGUGGUGGAAAAAAUCAUGAGUAGUCGUUCAGUGAAAAAGCAGAAGGAAUCUGGAGAGGAGGUAGAAGUUGAAGAAUUCUAUGUGAAAUACAAAAAUUUCUCUUAUCUUCAUUGUCAAUGGGCUUCUGUAGAAGAUCUGGAAAAAGAUAAGAGAAUUCAGCAAAAGAUUAAACGAUUUAAGGCAAAGCAGGGCCAGAACAAAUUCCUUUCAGAGAUUGAGGAUGAGCUUUUUAAUCCAGAUUAUGUGGAGGUUGACCGGAUAAUGGACUUUGCACGUAGCACAGAUGACCGGGGAGAGCCUGUGACUCACUAUCUGGUGAAAUGGUGCUCACUUCCGUAUGAAGACAGCACGUGGGAACUGAAGCAGGACAUAGAUCAAGCAAAGAUAGAAGAGUUUGAGAAACUAAUGUCCAGGGAGCCCGAAACAGAGCGUGUGGAGCGACCUCCUGCUGAUGAUUGGAAGAAAUCGGAGAGUUCCAGGGAGUAUAGAAACAAUAACAAACUCAGGGAAUACCAGUUGGAGGGAGUAAACUGGCUGCUUUUCAAUUGGUACAACAUGAGAAACUGCAUUUUAGCAGAUGAAAUGGGUUUGGGAAAAACUAUCCAGUCCAUUACAUUUCUCUAUGAGAUAUAUUUGAAAGGGAUCCAUGGCCCUUUUUUAGUAAUUGCCCCAUUGUCCACAAUCCCCAACUGGGAAAGGGAAUUCCGAACCUGGACAGAGUUGAAUGUGGUUGUGUAUCAUGGGAGUCAAGCUAGUCGUCGGACCAUUCAGUUGUAUGAAAUGUACUUCAAAGAUCCCCAGGGUCGAGUGAUAAAGGGGUCCUAUAAGUUUCAUGCCAUCAUUACUACGUUUGAGAUGAUUUUGACGGACUGUCCUGAGCUGCGGAAUAUUCCAUGGCGAUGCGUGGUCAUCGAUGAGGCCCACAGGCUGAAGAAUAGAAACUGCAAGCUGUUGGAGGGACUUAAGAUGAUGGACUUGGAACACAAAGUGCUGCUGACGGGGACCCCACUCCAGAACACCGUGGAAGAACUUUUCAGCUUGCUUCAUUUCUUAGAACCAAGUCGCUUCCCUUCAGAAACCACUUUUAUGCAAGAGUUUGGUGAUCUGAAGACAGAAGAGCAGGUACAAAAACUUCAGGCUAUUCUAAAGCCAAUGAUGUUGAGACGUCUCAAAGAGGACGUAGAAAAGAACUUGGCCCCCAAAGAAGAAACUAUUAUUGAAGUUGAGCUAACAAACAUUCAGAAGAAGUAUUACCGAGCCAUCCUUGAGAAGAAUUUUACAUUUCUUUCCAAAGGUGGUGGACAAGCUAACGUACCUAACCUUUUAAACACUAUGAUGGAAUUACGAAAGUGCUGCAAUCAUCCAUACCUUAUCAAUGGUGCUGAAGAGAAAAUUUUGGAAGAGUUUAAAGAAACACACAAUGCAGAGUCUCCAGAUUUUCAGCUCCAGGCAAUGAUCCAGGCUGCUGGCAAGCUAGUGCUGAUUGACAAGCUGCUGCCAAAACUGAAGGCUGGUGGCCACAGGGUGCUUAUCUUUUCCCAGAUGGUGCGCUGCUUGGACAUACUGGAAGACUACCUCAUUCAAAGACGGUACCCAUAUGAAAGGAUUGAUGGCCGAGUAAGAGGCAACCUUCGCCAGGCAGCUAUCGACAGAUUCUCCAAACCUGAUUCUGAUAGGUUUGUGUUCCUCCUGUGUACACGGGCUGGAGGUUUAGGCAUUAAUCUCACUGCUGCUGAUACCUGCAUCAUCUUUGAUUCAGACUGGAAUCCCCAGAAUGACCUCCAGGCUCAGGCUAGAUGCCAUAGAAUAGGACAGAGCAAAUCUGUGAAAAUCUACAGGCUGAUUACGAGGAAUUCCUAUGAAAGGGAAAUGUUUGACAAGGCUAGUCUGAAGCUCGGUCUGGAUAAAGCUGUGCUGCAGUCUAUGAGUGGAAGAGAAAAUGCUACCAAUGGGGUACAGCAGCUUUCCAAGAAAGAAAUAGAGGAUCUUCUACGAAAAGGGGCCUAUGGUGCACUUAUGGAUGAAGAAGAUGAAGGGUCUAAAUUCUGUGAAGAAGAUAUUGAUCAGAUCCUCCUCCGUCGAACCCACACUAUUACUAUCGAGUCUGAAGGGAAAGGUUCCACGUUUGCUAAGGCCAGUUUUGUGGCAUCUGGAAAUAGGACAGAUAUUUCCUUGGAUGAUCCAAACUUCUGGCAAAAAUGGGCUAAGAAGGCUGAAUUGGAUAUUGAUGCCUUAAAUGGGAGGAACAACCUGGUUAUUGACACUCCCAGAGUGAGAAAGCAGACCAGGCUCUACAGUGCAGUGAAGGAAGAUGAGCUGAUGGAGUUCUCAGACUUGGAAAGUGACUCUGAAGAAAAGCCUUGUGUAAAGCCACGGCGCCCCCAGGAUAAGUCACAGGGCUACGCCAGGAGCGAGUGUUUCAGGGUGGAGAAAAAUCUCCUCGUCUAUGGUUGGGGACGGUGGACAGACAUUCUUUCCCAUGGACGCUACAAACGCCAACUCACUGAGCAAGACGUAGAAACCAUCUGCAGAACCAUCCUGGUCUACUGUCUUAAUCAUUACAGAGGGGAUGAGAAUAUCAAAAGUUUCAUCUGGGAUCUGAUCACCCCCACAGCGGAUGGCCAGACCCGAGCCUUGGUCAAUCAUUCUGGUUUAUCAGCCCCUGUGCCGAGGGGAAGGAAGGGAAAGAAGGUGAAAGCCCAGAGCACACAGCCGGUGGUGCAGGAUGCUGACUGGCUGGCCAGCUGCAACCCAGAUGCUCUGUUCCAGGAGGACAGCUACAAGAAGCACCUGAAGCAUCAUUGUAACAAGGUCCUGCUGCGUGUCCGCAUGCUGUACUACCUAAGACAAGAAGUGAUAGGCGACCAGGCAGAUAAGAUCUUAGAGGGUGCUGACUCAAGUGAAGCUGAUGUGUGGAUCCCUGAACCUUUCCAUGCUGAAGUUCCUACAGAUUGGUGGGAUAAGGAAGCAGAUAAAUCCCUCUUAAUUGGAGUGUUCAAACAUGGCUAUGAGAAGUACAAUUCCAUGCGAGCUGACCCCGCACUGUGCUUCCUGGAACGAGUUGGUAUGCCCGAUGCCAAGGCCAUAGCUGCCGAGCAAAGAGGAACAGACAUGCUAGCAGAUGGUGGAGACGGGGGAGAAUUUGAUAGAGAAGAUGAAGACCCAGAAUAUAAACCAACCAGAACACCAUUCAAAGAUGAAAUAGAUGAAUUUGCAAAUUCUCCUCUGGAGGAUAAGGAAGAGUCCAUGGAAAUACACACCGCAGGCAAGCACAGUGAGAGUAAUGCUGAGUUAGGCCAACUUUACUGGCCUAACACUUCAACCCUGACUACACGUCUGCGCCGGCUCAUUACUGCCUAUCAGCGCAGCUAUAAACGGCAGCAGAUGAGGCAAGAGGCCCUAAUGAAGACUGACCGGCGCAGACGGCGGCCUCGGGAGGAAGUGAGAGCUCUGGAGGCAGAAAGGGAAGCUAUUAUAUCUGAGAAGCGGCAGAAGUGGACAAGAAGAGAAGAAGCUGAUUUCUACCGUGUGGUGUCCACUUUUGGGGUGAUCUUUGACCCCAUGAAACAGCAGUUUGACUGGAACCAAUUUCGAGCUUUUGCCAGACUUGAUAAAAAGUCUGAUGAGAGUUUGGAGAAAUACUUCAGCUGUUUUGUGGCCAUGUGUAGGCGAGUGUGCCGAAUGCCCACCAAGCCAGAUGAUGAACCACCUGACCUCUCCUCCAUGAUUGAGCCCAUCACAGAGGAGCGAGCCUCUAGGACUUUGUACCGCAUCGAGCUGUUGCGCAAGAUCCGCGAGCAGGUUCUUCAUCACCCCCAGCUGGGAGAGAGGCUGAAGCUCUGCCAGCCCAGCCUGGACCUGCCGGAGUGGUGGGAAUGUGGAAGGCAUGACCGAGACUUGCUGGUUGGUGCUGCUAAACACGGGGUCAGCCGGACAGACUACCAUAUCCUCAACGACCCUGAGUUAUCCUUCUUGGACGCCCAUAAGAACUUUGCUCAGAACAGAGGGACGGCCAACAUACCUUCUUUGAACCCACUGGCAGUUGGAUUUGGCCAGGCUCCUCCCGUCAUCUCAUCCACUCACAUUCAAGAUGAAAAGGCAGUGGAACAAGCCGAAGGCAAAACAGAGGAGUCUGGAAACUCAGCUGCCAAAGAAAAAUCUGAGGUGAAAGAAGAGGAAGAGGAAACCGAUGGUGGGGGGAAAGAGAGCAGGAAGGAAGGGGAGGCCGAGGCCAGCUCUGUGAAAAAUGAACUGAAAGGGGUGGAGGUCAGCGCAGACCCCGGGUCCAAGUCUAUCUCAGAGAAAGGUUCUGAAGAAGAUGAAGAGGAAAAAUUGGAGGAUGAUGAUAAGUCAGAAGAAUCUUCCCAGCCUGAAGCAGGAGCUAUCUCUAGAGGGAAGAAUUUUGAUGAAGAAAGUAAUGCUUCUAUGAGCACUGCUAGGGAUGAAACCCGAGAUGGAUUCUACAUGGAGGAUGGAGAUCCUUCGGUAGCUCAGCUCCUGCACGAGAGAACGUUCGCCUUCUCAUUUUGGCCUAAGGAUAGAGUAAUGAUAAACCGAUUAGACAACAUCUGUGAAGCAGUGUUGAAAGGCAAAUGGCCAGUAAAUAGGCGCCAGAUGUUUGAUUUCCAGGGCCUCAUCCCUGGUUACACGCCCACCACCGUGGACAGUCCCCUGCAGAAGAGGAGCUUUGCCGAGCUGUCCAUGGUCGGCCAGGCCAGCAUCAGUGGGAGUGAGGACAUCACUGCUUCUCCCCAGUUGUCAAAGGAAGAUGCCCUCAACCUCUCCAUCCCUCGCCAGCGGAGAAGGAGAAGGAGAAAAAUUGAAAUUGAGGCCGAAAGAGCUGCCAAGAGGCGAAAUCUCAUGGAGAUGGUCGCCCAGCUUCGAGAGUCUCAGGUGGUCUCAGAAAAUGGACAAGAAAAAGUUGUAGAUUUAUCAAAGGCCUCAAGAGAGGCAACAAGUUCUACCUCAAAUUUUUCAUCUCUUACUUCAAAGUUUAUCUUGCCUAAUGUCUCAACACCAGUGUCUGAUGCCUUUAAGACUCAAAUGGAACUGCUCCAAGCAGGCCUUUCGCGCACACCCACCACAAGGCAUCUGCUUAAUGGCUCCCUAGUGGACGGAGAGCCCCCCAUGAAGAGGAGGCGGGGCAGGAGGAAAAACGUGGAGGGCCUUGAUCUGCUUUUCAUGACCCACAAACGGACGUCAUUGAGUGCAGAGGAUGCUGAGGUGACCAAAGCUUUUGAAGAAGAUAUAGAGACCCCACCAACAAGAAACAUUCCUUCUCCUGGACAGCUGGACCCAGACACACGGAUCCCUGUUAUCAGUCUUGAAGAUGGGACUCGGCUGGUGGGGGAGGAUGCUCCUAAAAAUAAAGAUUUAGUUGAAUGGCUGAAGCUGCAUCCUACUUACACUGUUGAUAUGCCAAGUUAUGUACCAGUUGGUUCUCGCCACAGUCUCGUGUUGUCAGCUGGGGUAUCAUCUCUGUGUUCAUUCAAGCCGCUGACUAGAAUGAAGAAUGCAGAUGUGCUGUUUUCCUCAUUUCAGAAACCGAAACAGAAACGACAUAGAUGUCGAAACCCUAAUAAAUUGGAUAUAAAUACUUUGACAGGAGAAGAAAGGGUGCCUGUUGUCAAUAAACGAAAUGGGAAAAAGAUGGGUGGAGCUAUGGCGCCUCCCAUGAAGGAUCUGCCCAGGUGGCUGGAAGAAAACCCUGAAUUUGCAGUCGCUCCAGACUGGACUGAUAUAGUUAAGCAGUCUGGUUUUGUUCCCGAGUCCAUGUUUGACCGUCUUCUCACUGGGCCUGUGGUGAGGGGGGAGGGAGCGAGCAGAAGAGGAAGAAGGCCCAAAAGUGAAAUUGCCAGAGCAGCCGCAGCUGCUGCUGCUGUCGCCUCCACGUCAGGGAUCAACCCUCUGUUGGUGAACAGCCUGUUUGCAGGAAUGGACCUGACGAGCCUUCAGAAUCUCCAGAAUCUCCAGUCUCUCCAGCUGGCAGGCCUCAUGGGCUUCCCUCCAGGACUGGCAACAGCUGCCGCUGCCGGAGGCGACGCUAAGAGCCCUGCUGCCGUGCUGCCCCUGAUGCUGCCGGGGAUGGCUGGCUUGCCCAACGUUUUCGGCCUGGGCGGGCUGCUCAACAACCCUCUGUCAGCUGCUGCUGGAAACACCACUACUGCUCCUAAUCAAGGAGAACCAGAAGACAGCACUUCAAAAGUGGAAGAGAAAGGAAAUGAGAAGGGAGAGGAGAACAAAGACUCUGAGAAAAGCACAGAUGCUGUUUCAGCUGCUGACUCUGCAAAUGGAUCUGUUGGUGCUGCUACUGCCCCGGCCGGGUUGCCCUCCAACCCGCUAGCCUUCAACCCUUUCCUCCUGUCCACUAUGGCCCCGGGCCUCUUCUACCCAUCCAUGUUUCUACCUCCAGGACUGGGGGGAUUGACGCUGCCUGGGUUCCCAGCAUUGGCAGGACUUCAGAAUGCCGUGGGCUCCAGUGAAGAAAAGGCUGCUGACAAGGCCGAGGGAGGCCCCUUCAAAGACGGAGAGGCCCUCGAAGGCAGCGAUGCCGAGGAGAGCCUGGACAAGACUGCAGAGUCCUCCCUCUUAGAAGAUGAAAUAGCACAGGGUGAAGAGCUGGACUCGCUCGAUGGGGGGGAUGAAAUAGAAAACAAUGAAAAUGACGAAUAACCAGUACCGGUUCCAGUUCAAGUGUUUAAAACUUUUGACAAGUGGUAGUCCUACUGUUUACACUCACAGUUAAUGUUCAUACCUAGUUUUAUAAGCUGUUCUGUAACAUAGUGUAGCAAAAAAAAAAAAAAAGAAGAAGAAGAAGUCCAAGUCAUGUUAUACAGGUGUGUCAAAAGGUAUCUUGGUCAUUAAGUAUUGUGCAGUGCAUUAUUUAUUAUCCCUAGGAGAGAUGAAAUUUGCGAGGUGAUCAUGUCUUUUUAAGGAAACUUACAUAAUGCUCUGCUUUUCUUUUUUUCUUUUGGUACCAUUGGUAUUAUAAUAAAAAGCAAUUUGUAACUGAGCGGCACUAAUGGAAGGAAGUGCUGCUCAAAGGAAGUAUGAAGUUAUAUAUUUAAUUUUUUAAUUUUAAUUUUUAAUUUUUUUGCUGUGAAGGUCAAGAUGAAAUUUACCAUGAUAUCAUACGUGCUCAUUUGUUUCCCUUUUUGACUGUACGGGGUUCCCACACUUGCGCAUACACACACAUCAUACACUCUGACAAUCUCCACGCUAGUGUGAACGUCUCUGUCCCGAGGCGCAGCAAUAAUAAGGCAGCUGUUGAAUGUGAAGGGUCCCUUUGGAAAAUUAACCUACUGGAAGGGUUCUUGCCAGACAGAACUACAGUUCCAUUGUCUCGUGGUCUUGUAAUACACUGGUAUAAACAAAAUAAAUAGACGAAUAAAGAGUGAGAGAAGAGAGAAUCAGGUACCUUUUUUAAAUUAAAGGACUUUGUUACUUUAGCCACAAAGCUAAAACAGCAUUACCUCAGCUCUAAACUAGCCUUGAAGUUUACAGACAUGACUUUGUAAAUGUAUUGUUUUUCUUUGUUGUGAUGUCCUUUUAUUUUUUUCUUUGAAAACUGCUAUCAUGUAAGAUACAAUGUAAAUUGCUGCCAACUGUAGUAAUGAUGCUUUUAAUAAAAGUGACCCAUGAUAUGCAGAGAUGUAAUUAUAGAAUGUAGUAUGUAGGGAAACUGGUGUUCACUCUAUUUUUUGUAUUCGCAAUAGAUGCAAAUACAGCA